CGGUCCGGUUGACGUGUUGUUGCUUGGGGGAGGGAAGCGAAAGGUGGCAAAGUUCACUCUCCGGUCACCCGACUUGGGCGUCGGGGAGGAGGAAGCCGCGACGGGGGACCCCAGACCCCGGAAGGUCGUUGCCGCUUAGGGCUGAGGGGGCUUACCGUGCUCCAGCCUCACCGCCGGGGCGAUGGAGACGGCGACCGCCCCGACUGGGCCGUCGGCCGCCACUACGGGGACCCCCGAGUUGCUGGGCCCCGUGUCCAUGUUGUACGCCGCCCUCCUGGCCAAGUUUCUGGAGUUGAUUGCUACAUUACCUGAGGAUAUUCGACCUGGUGCUGAUUUUCGUGGAAUGCCCUGGGAGCCUAUAAUUAUUACAGUCUUACUGGGAAUUGUUUCAUUUGCCGUUUUCUUCUGGAGAACUCUCCUUUCAGUUAAGAACCCUUGCUCUAGCAGCAGUGAGCAGAAUGUGACUGAAAAACAGCUUGCUGAGAAGAUUAAAACUCUUUUACAAGAAAAAACAGAGAUUUUAGAAAAGAUGUCAGAAUAUGAUCAGAAGAUCAAAAAAGCAAAGGAGUCGGUAAAGGAAACCAAGAAACAGAAUAUUAAUCUUUCUGAUGAAGCAGCUGGCCUUAAGGAUAAAAUCAGAGGGCUUGAAGAAACAAACCAAAAACUGGAUGACAAAGUGAAAAAUCUCAAUUCAUUGUUGGAAACUGAAAAGGAACAGAAUGUAAAGAAACAGGACAUGAUAUUGGAAACUCAGAAAUCAAUAGAAAAACUACAAGAAGUUAUUACAAUGCAUUCUGUUGAACUUUCAGAGGUGCAGAUAGCCCUUAAUGAAGCUAAGUUCAGUGAAGAGAAAGUAAAGUCUGAACUGCAUCAUGUGCAGGAAGAAAAUGCACGACUCAAAAAGAGAAAGGAGCAGCUGCUGCAGGAAGCAGAAGGUUGGAGUGAGCGACACACUGAACUCAGUGAGCAAAUCAAAUUAUAUCAGAAGACUCAGAAAGAUAGUGAAGAAGCCCUUGCUUACAAAGAGAAUGAAAUUGAAGUUUUGACUAAUUGCAUUAUGCAGCUGAAACAACUUGAUCUUGAUUCUGAAUCUGAGCGCAAAAAUAACGAAGAAGGAAAUGGAUGGGAUGACUUAGCCAAUGGAGAGCUGUCAGAUAAAAUCACCUCAGAUAAUCGGAAUGAGAAGAUGAAGAGCCAGAUUAAACAGAUGAUGGAUGUCUCACGGGUUAAAACUACAUUAACAAUAGUUGAAGAAGAUAGAAACCAAUUGCAGUCCAAACUAAGUGAUGAAAUAAAAGCUCGGCAUGAAUUGGAAGAACAAAUUAAGAAGAUGGAACAUGACUCCUCUUCUCUGCAGUCAGCCAAAGCACAGUUAGAAAAUGAAUGUAAAACUCUGCAACAAAAAGUGGAGAUUCUCAAUGAACUCUACCAGCAGAAAGAGAUGGCUCUGCAGAAGAAGCUCACUCAGGAAGAGUAUGAAAGGCAAGAAAAGGAGCAGAAGCUCACUGCUGCAGAUGAGAAGGUCAGCUUGGUUGCUGAAGAAGUGAAAACGUAUAAGCAGAGAAUUCAGGAGAUGGAGGAUGAAUUACAGAAAACAGAGAGGUCAUAUAAGAAUCAGAUUGCUAGUCAUGAGAAGAAGGCCCAUGACAACUGGCUCAUUGCUCGUGCUGCAGAAAGGGCUCUUGCAGAGGAGAAGAGGGAAGCAGCCAACCUGAGACAGAAAUUAAUAGAAGUGAAUCAAAAGAUUGCAAUGCUCCAAAGACCAGUGAUUGUAAAGCCAACUCCAGGAAGACCUGAUCAUCAGAUUCCCCCACGGAGAGGGCCCCUCAGCCGAGACGGCUCUUUUGGUCCAUCCCCUGUGAGUGGUGGCGCACCCUCCCCGCCACUGAUGAUGGAACCACCUGUACGGUCAGUCUCUGCUACUCUUAACCGGAGAGAUGUACCUAGAAAUGAAUUUGGAUCUGUGGAUGGGCCUCCUCUUGGUCCUGGUCUGAGGAGGUCAUCUGAAGUAUCUGGAAGAACAUCUGCCUCUGAUUUGGGCCCUGGUCCAGUCCCUUUGAUGAAUAGUGGCCCAAGAAGCUCUUCUCCCUCAACAGUGCUGGAUGGCAUGGUUAACACUGGUCCCAAAGGCCACCCACCAUUCCCAGGAAUGCCCCUCAUGUCACCACUAGGAGGACUUGCACCACCACCUCUUCGGUUUGGACCACCUCCUCCACGAGGCCCUUAUGGGCCUCGACCUCUUCCUCCACCUCUCGUUCCUGUUGGUCCUCCACCUCCAAGCUUUCGGGAGUACUUACAUGGCCUUCCACCAGGAGCAAGGGACCUACCUCCUGACCCUCGAGAGUAUAUACGUGGACACCCACCUUUUGAACCUCUAGGCCCUCCUGGCCCAAGAGAGUACCUUCCUCCUGGCCCACGAUUACCGCCUCCAGCCCAUGGUCCAAGGGACUACCCACCUCCACCUUUUACAAGAGACUUGACACCUUCAGGUUCUAGAGACUAUGUCCCUCCUCAUCCACCUCAUGCCUCUCAAGGAAGCACACAGGACUAUAUACAGGCUCCAGAACAGAGCCCAUGACUUUAGCCUUCAAACUGAAAAAAUGGGACUGUUGGAACUUCAUACAGGUGAAAGACUUCAUUAGCUUCAAAAUAAAUUUUACUUUAAUUUCAUGAUUAGCUUCAUAUGUAGGUUUGUUUACUUUCUAUUUUUUGCAGGACAUUUUUUUUCCAAUUAAGCUGCCCCUGGCAUCAUUGUGCAUUUAUGAGCCAAACUAUUCAACCUCUCCAUAAUCUGAGAUGCAAAAAUAUAUUUUUUGCCAUGAAUGAGGACCUUUUAAGCUGUAGCUUUUUGCAGCUCUUUAAAUGUGCAAUACAAAAAUAUACCUGUGUUUUAGUUUUAUGUAAUUGAUGAUUUCAAAUGUCAUAAAUGUAAUCAGAACAUUUCCUGUGGAAAUACUUUAUUAAAAAAGGUUAAGCACUAUCCCUACUGCCUCAUUUUCCCUAUUAUUUUGUUAAACUGUUGUUAGUGUAGACCAUUCUGCAACAUACAUAUAUAUAAUAUAGUUAUUACGAAGGGACUGUGUGGAUAAACUUGAUUCUUUUUAAAAAGAUCUGGUCUUGAAGUCCAAGAGUAUAAACAAUUAAUCCUAAAAAAAUUUACUAAUGUAGUAAAUUAUUCUUCCCCUUCCGGGACUCUUGGGAAGAUGAUUAUUUUAUUAGUGCUGUAUAAACCAUCAUCCAAAGAAAAAAUUUUGUUAUUUCCAAGUAAUUCAAUUGGUUGAAAUGUUGAGAUUAAAUUCUAGCGUUAAGAUUCAAUUCAAUAUUGUGGCCUUUUGGAAAUGUGAGGGUCUAGCAGUUAAGGAAUGAUUUAAUAUAGGUUUCAAAGGUGUGGAUACUUAUCCCCAUUUUAAGACCCACCCAUCUGUGUUGCUUUUAUCCGAUGCUUCCUAAUAUUGCCUACUUCAAACAGGCUAAUAACAGCCAUCAUUGAAGUAAGAGUAUAAAAGUAAUUUUGGACUUAGCUGGCAAAAUUAUAAAGGAAAAUUCAAAUUAAACUAUUAAAAGUUUUAUUUAAGCUGAGAUAGGCUUUAUCUUCUCUCCCAUAAUCAAUAUAUUGCAAAAACCUCACUUGUGUUAAGAUAGAAUUUGAUUUUAAUCUAAGUGUGGAAUUCAUUUUCUUCCUGAACAUCCCUGAAUAAUAAAAAAGAACACAACUGUGUAUUAUUGCAAUUUAAAUAUUUCUUCCACAGUGAAGGCUGUUACAUAAAGGGCAUAGAAGUUGUUCUUAACAUGGUUAAGACAUUAAGGUGGACAAGACUUAUCAAUAUCCUUUGAAUUUAUUUGUAUUUCUUUUUAUAAAAUUGAAAAUAAAGAUUUCUCUGCAAACUGUCCUCUUCUUUGGUAAAUACAGGGUGUUAUCUUCAUUUCCUUCAGCACUGCAAAGAUGUGGACAAACACUUCAGGAGCAAAUUAUAGAUAAGCAGUGCUGGCUAACUCUAGAUAGCAAGCAUUUGUUGGGCCUUACAGACAGACUGAUAAAAAUACAUGCAAUGAUUAUAAAUAAAUAAGUGUUCUUAAGCAACUUCCAUCUGUUCAGGUUAAUAAAUUUCAACCUGAGAUUUAUUUAGAUUCGAGUUAAUGCAGUUAAUUCUAAUAAAUCCUAUUUAGAACAUUUUUUAGAAGAAUAACUGCUUAGGGAGAAGGUGGUGUUGGAUAGCAGGAUUUUGACUCGGGUCUUCUUUGAUUCCACUGCUUGCCCUAUAUACAAUAAGCUACAUUCAUUGAACAGAAUACUCAAAUCUGAUCUUAUUUUGGAUGUUUCUUCCAACUAUACAGAUCAAAACCCAUUUUAUGUGAUUCUUGUCCAUGUCCAUCAUGAGUUUGCCACCUGGAUGGGGUAGAAUCUACCCCUAAGUUUGCCAGUAGAAGCAUCAGCCAUCCACUGUGUUGGACACAAUUAUAGAUGAAUGUCAUUUGAGUCAUAGAGUUGCAUGAAUAAAGUGAAAAAUUUUCCAGGGUCCCUCUAGAAUCCUUUCAUGCUUUCCACACUUUAUGCUGCAAAUGGAAUAACUUUUUGGACUGAAAUCCAUUUUUAUAAAAAACAUGUGUUUGUUUCUAGGGCUAGGGGGAAGAGGGAGGCCAUGUUUUCUGGAUGAAAAGAAUUCCUCCCACAGAAUAAAGACAUAUGCAUGUAAA